GGUAGUUAUUUGUAAAUGGUAGAAAUGGUAGAUAGUUUUUACGUGUAUUGUGAAUAAAUACUUUAUAUACAUUUGUACAUUCGAAACGUUGCAUCAGUAUGGACUGACAGUAAAAAGAGAGAAAUUUCUGCAAUGUUUUGAAACAAUACUCAAACACUUUAAUAAAUUCAACACCCACGAAUAAUAAUUUAUCUUUUGUCAUUUAAAUUCAAAAUAUUAUAAUGUAUUAAGAGCAAUUAUAAUUCCUACAUUAGAUAUAACGUGGACUUUGUCUAUAUUCAACGAAAGAAUAUGAAGUAUAACGGGGGGCGGCAGUCCCCAAGUGACGCAAUACCAACAUACAUAUACACAUAUUUAUAUGUGAAUGGACCGCUGAAAUGGCAAAUGCAAAAUACGUACGGACGUACAACAGUGUGAACACGCGCGCGCGUGUGUAUGUGUGACAAUGUGUGGAUUGUAUUUCUUUUGGUUUGUUUUGUGUUGUCACACGAAACAUACGCUCAAACUAGAGGUCGUAGUCGAGUUGAAACUAGCUCACAACAAAUCCGAGACGACAUAGACGAAAAUGGUGACUACGAUGAAGAUAAUGCGUCAGAUAAUUUACAAUAUUACAGAACAUCAUCAGGAAAAGAUGAACAAAAUCGGGUAGUUUUGGUAGCUGCUGAUGAUGAAUACAAUGGUUUGUAUGGUCAUCCGACACCACCAAUAAAAUCUCGCAACGAUUUCAAUCGUCCAGUACUCAAAACGACGUCUAAUGCAGUUCGUACUAAAGAUGUAUCUUCAAAAGAAACAGUUCAAACAAUUCGGAACUACAGUAAAGUAAAUGAUGAUGGUUCUUUCACUUUUGGAUAUGAAGCAGCUGAUGGUAGUUUUAAAGAGGAAACUAGAGGUACAGAUUGUGUUGUCCGUGGUAAAUAUGGUUAUAUUGAUCCGGAUGGUAAUAAACGCGAAUUCACAUAUGUAUCUGGAAAUCCGUGUGAUCCCAAUAAUCCUGACCAGAACGAAGAAGACCCAGAAAAGGAAUCGGACAAAAAUGAACCUGAAAAUGUGCCGGUAAAUUUUCCACGCAAAAUAUUGCGUCCAAGUACUCAACGUCAUCAAACUACUACACAUCCACCAACAACUGUUUUCCAAAACCAAUACACAAGCAACACCUAUAAUUACGAACAAGACGAUGAAGACGAAAAUGCUUCCGCUAGGCCGCAACAUAUUCCUGUUCCAAAAGAAGUUACAAUUAGACAAAAAUCACGAAUUACAAUCAAUCCAACACCUGGUCCAUUAUAUCAAAUUCAAGCUCAAACCAGUGCUAAGAAUAAUUUUCGGAAUACAUUAGAGACAAAUCCACCGGCAACAACAUAUAGACCAACUAUACAGUUUUUCGCUAAAAAAUCCACACCAAUCACUUAUUCCAAACCAUUGGAGUUGACCGACAAUAAGCCGAUACAUUUUGCCACUCUUAGAAAACCAGUUGAUUUUGCAGCAGAAUUUCAAAAAUUCCAACAUGCCAAUAUAGUUACAUCAACUGCAACACCGCCACCAAAAACACAAAAUCUCAAAACGUACCGACCACAGAACACUAUCCAAAAAAUUGAAGUACCGAACGCCACACCUAAUCCUAUUUAUGAAACUAAACUCGUAUUCGAUCCGACAACAGGUCAAAUAGAAUCAUCACUUUUCCCACAAAAUGUAGCCUACCGAAUUCCGGCAACAUAUGUUUCAACUCAACAGCCACAAUUUCAUUCAUCUUCCCAAAUAACUCUAGAGCAAUUGCAGCAACAAAAUCAGCCAGUUUUCCAAAGACAUUUACAAGCAUCUGCAUCUCGCGCACCUCUCCAACUUCCACAAUUUUCACAACAAGUAUAUCAUAAAGACCAUGAAAAUCUCCAAGUGUUGAACUCGCAGCAAUUAUAUGCCCAACAGCAACAAAUACAACAUCACCAACUACAAAAUGAUCGUCUUGAAGCUGCCAAACGACAAUCUCAUAUUCAGAAUCAAUCAAAUCAUAGAUUUCAAAUAGCAACACAAGCUCAACUGAAGCAAUAUCCCGGAUUCUUAUAUCAACCUUCUUCACUUGAUACUUUUCUAAGCUAAAUGACAUUAUUACCAGAAAUUUUACUCCGAUAUUUUUAAGGUACAGAAUUUUUUUUUCAUACUAUACAAGUCAUUUUUCUGUGUUGAAUAGUGUAACAUUGUAAGUUAAUUUUACACUUUUGGUAUACUCCAUUGGCCUAUCUGAAUUUUUCCCCCUCUUCAAUCGGAAAAAAGCCGUUUGAUUGUGUUAAAUUACAUUACAUUUAGAGCACCAUAUAUUCCAAAAAUAUAGAGCACCAUUAGUUGAUUUUCAAUAGUAAAUAUUUCAAACAUUUCUUUUGUAUUUAGUGACAUUCUCUUUUCAUCAAUGUGCCAUCGAAUAAUACAUCAAUAUAGCCCCCUGGAUCAUAUAGCACCCUACCCAAUGAACAAUUUGUAAUACAAAUUCACCCAUUACCAGGCACAAAUCCACGGUAAAAUUUGGACCCGAAUUUGUGUGUAGCUUCAGUUAUUUUUACGGUUGCCAUAGCGUAACAUUCAGGUGUGAAUACAUGGAAAAGAGAAACGACAAUCAUUAGUAUCAAUUGUUUACUACCGUUGUACUGUUCUUAUGAACGCACAACAAUGCCACAAGAUUUGUGUAACACAAAUGGUGUCAAGCCUAGCUAAGCUAACUAAUCGUUAUAAUAUUUGUUUUAUUUGAUAAUUUAUGGAUUCAUGCUGCUGCUUGUCAGUUGACAUUGUUUGGUGGUCUUCUCAACGAAUCAGGCACUAGUACGCCAAACAUCCGACAAAGUCCUGUGUAAUUAGAAGCAAAAACAUUAAAUAAUGAAUAGACUCUAUUUUCAAUUGAUUCAUACCUUUGAGCAUAAUACAUUUUGCAGCAACAAUAUCGCGGUGCCAAACAACUGUCUGUGAAGCAGCAACAUCACCCUGAACAUUUAAAGGCCAAUUUUUGUAGGUAACAUUAACCUUUGACAUUAAACGCCCAUUUCGAAGUAUUCUCGCCACAUCCUGAUGAUUGCCAUUGCGAAUUCGAAGCUUAAUUUCCUUCCGUCCCUUAUCCAAAGCACGUUUGCUAACCGUUGCUACAAUUAUAUUUGGUAGACUAGCGACUGAGUCCGGUAGUCCAGCAAUCGGUUUCGCUUUGCAACCGUAGCACACUUUGAAUCGAAGCGGUUUUGUGUUCGCUGGAAAUCGUUCUUGGCAAUUUGCGCAUGUUUGUGAUGUUCCCCAUUCAUCUUCCAUUUUCACCACUGAAUGGCCAAGUUUCUUGACGCUCACCAAAAGUUUCCGAGAUCCUGGACAUCUUUUCCGUCUCUUCAAACCGAAUGGCCGAUUGGGUGGCAUCUCCGAUGCACCAAAGAUAAUUAUUGACGGCAUGUUGUUGGUCACUGUCAAGGCGAUGUUAUCAUCUACUUGGUUCGACUUCAAUGAAGUCACUUCAUGUAAUGAUCAAAAUCCAGUCGUGAAUAUUUGCGCGUAGCAUAUGCUGACAUUCCUUUUCGUAGCGUUUUGAUGCGAUACUCAAUGUACCAUUUCCAUGUUGAAUUACGCGGUGAUGGUGGACCGAAUGGGUAUGUCUUCAGAUGAUUCUUUUCCUCGAUAUCAAACCAUCCAGCCAAUUUUUUCGCUUCUUUUUCUCUUUGUUUCUGCCGAGUUUCCCAGUAGAAUCGCGUGUUUGGUAUUGUGAUGUUUUCCUUCAAAAUCAUAAAAACAAUUAGUUUCGAUUAAAACACAUUUCAAGUUAGAUUUCAAAAUAUCUCACCUCAACGGCCGGUUCAUCAGGUGUUUUUCGGAUGUUGCGACGCGUUAUAGCCAAGCACGUUUUUUCAUUCGGAUCGAUGCCAAUAACGUAUUUCUUGCCCACAAGAUUGUCCGCCUGUAAAUAUACAUUUUCGUUGCACGCCUGCUCUAGUUUGGUGUACAGUGCCGAAUUGUUUGGAUCGUUUGCCCAAUUGCUUGAUUUUAUCGACGUCGAACAACAAAUUCCAUAGUCCAUCUCGAUCAUGAUCUCUGUAGUAUUCUUCGGGGUAUUUAUUCAGCCGGUUGGUAUCAGUGUUCAGGAAUCUGGGCACCACUUUUAGCUUACUUGCCAAUUUUUUAUACAAAUCUCUCAUAUCCAAGCGCACGCACUUCAAAUGAUAAUCGCAUAACGGUAAAAGAGCAAAACUGUUUAUUUUCCGUGGUCGAUUGUUCGUUGGCUGUUGAAAGUUCGGAUUGUUACGGAAUAUUUCAUGAAUGGUAUUCCAUUGUGCGGCAUCACUGUGAUGAGCUGCUACCUGACGUUGAAUUUGUCCGAACAACCACAACGAUUCAAACCAAUGAUCUUUUACAAAAAAAUUAUAUAUACUCAGCCAUAGACUAGUGGUUAGCGUGCCAGGUUUGUGAGCAUGAGGACACGAGUUCGAUUCUCGGUCAAAUUUCGUCCGGUAUUUUUCCACCGUGAUUCGUUCAAGGAUUAUCAGUGGUUUAAUGAGGAGAAAUUUGGGCCGGGUCUUGGACUUGUGGAGUGCUUCGGAGGGCACUUAAAGCCGUCGGUCCCGUGUGUGUGCACAACGAAUAAUGGGUUCAGCAUAGACAACCGUAAAAUGGAGUGCCUUUACGUUAGGUUGGUGUCUUGGAUAUGUCAAAUAUCCAAUACGUCAACCGUAAAAAGGUAGUGCUGAACUAUUGGUGAAUAUACCGGUAAAUCAGUGGUGGUAGCAUUCCUACAUUAAAUAGAGGAACCCAACGCCAUCUGGAGUAUGGUAGAGUUAUGAGUGUUCACAACAACUGCAGUGAGUUGGGUCCUAAGUGAAGCAAUGGUCUAGGCCCUGCCGAGCAGCUAUGGUCACAGAAGGGCCCUGCCGAACAGCAAGGGCCGCUGAAGACCAUGCUGAACAGAUGGAACCCCGGCAAUCUAGUAGCAUCAUAAAUCAAACGGGCGUCUUGCAAUAGGUAAAUUAACCUGAGCAACGAGAAACUAUGGAUAUUACUGAAAAGUUGACCUAGUAUGCUCCCCGUACAAAUCCAAUAAUCCAAUACAAAAAAUUUCAUGCAUUUUUCGCGUCGCCAUCCAAUUACGACCAGAUCAUCUUAUAAAAUGUUGGACUUUUCUAUUCUUUCCACAUUACCAUUCGUCAAGUCGUUGGAUCGAUAUGCUAACAUUUUGGCAUUUCUGAUGUCGAUGCCAUCAAAUCUCGGACCAUUGGUGUUGUGAUUUUAAUACCAGCAUCGCAUUCGAAAGAAUGACUCAAGUCGAUCUUCACACCAAGUGGUGAGACCAGUUUUCGUAUCCUUGCUUGGUCAUUCGAACUGUUCAUCACUGAAGUUUUCGACCAUGAACCGCAACUCUGGCGGUAUGGGAUUUUGGCUAUUAUUAUUGUAAACAUUUUCGGCCAAUACCGCAUUGAAGCAAUCGAAGAAGAACUGUCGACGAUCCCGUCGCAAAAAGAAUUGACGAUCUUCAUUAUCGAGUGCUUCAUUCACCUUGAAUAAAAUCAAAAGUGAAGCCAAUGAGGCAACUUCCGUCAUUUGAAGACUGCGCUCAAACAAUAUUUGCGUCACAACUGCUGCAUGCUCCAUUGCAACGAAAUUAUUUUCUUCUUCUCUUUCGUCAUCGUAUACCGGCGAAUCGUUGUUAUCUCUUUUUCUUUUCAUUCUCGAAGAACUGAUACAAUAAAACGAAAAUAAAAAAAAGACACAAAUUUAAAAAAAAAUGCACCAAAUAUAGCAUAAAUC